AUUUAUAUGGAGGAUUUUUUGAGUGCUGUGUCUCCUCAUUAGAAAGUCUCUGCUUAAUGUAGUUUGCUGGUUGACCACCAGCUUGUAAACCAGCUUUUGUCUCACAAUUUCAAUAACCACACGCUGAUAGGAAAGUGCAAACACUGCACAGCCUCAGAACCACAUCCCCCAUAAUUCAGCGCGAACACCGAGGUCGCCUGUGUGACAGAGCCAGAGUUCAUUGUACGCUCCGGAGAAGUCCGAACAUUGCAAAAUGCAUGAUCACCGGGACCAGUGAGAGUCUUUAGGUAUGCUGUGAGCUGACACAGGGCAGCCGCAGUCACUGCACAGGUGAGUGCACAGGUGACGCAGCAGUUGUCAUGGCGGCCGAUGUGCACAGCCAGCCGUGGGAGUCGUCCAAUGGCAGCCUGAGCGUGGAACGCCUGCGCACUGACCGGGCCGACAGCCCAACCCCUGGGCUAGUGGAGGGAACAGAACCAGGUGCAGGUGGUCAGAUGUUUGUCACCACUCAGUCGUUUGAGGACUUGACGGCAGAUACGGAGGAGAGGGCGGAGCCAGAGUGUCCGGAGGGGGAGGGGCUUCGCCUGGAGGAGGGAGCAGAAGAGGAGGAGGAGCUACAUCAGGAGGAGGGGGCGGAGCCAGGGCGGGAGAAGGAUGAGGACGUGUCCAGUGAGGCGUGGCGCUCACACAGGAAGCACGUGUUCGUGCUGAGCGAGGCGGGGAAGCCCAUCUGGUCGCGCUAUGGCACUGAGGAGGCGCUCUCCUCCACCAUGGGCAGGGUUGCGGGGCGGCGUUCCCGCGCGAAGUUCCCCUGGCGUUGCGGGCGUGUCGUGCUGGCAGCCAAUCGAUCGCUGCAGCGCGCGCGUGAGUUGGCGCUAAGGGUUCCAGGAUCGUGGAGUCUGCUGACGCUGGCGCAGCUGCAGCGGCUCUUCCAGUCCAAGCAGAACUACGACCUGCGGCGCCUGCUCGACGCUUAUCUCCAGCACACUGCAGCAGUCUGGUCUUCCAUCCUGCUGGCCGGUACUCAGCUGGUGUCGCUGGUCAGGAAGCGAGAUCAGCACCUGCACCACGUGGACCUGCACCUGCUGCUGAACCUGGUGACGGCGUCGUCGGCGUUCCGUGAGGCGAGGAGCUGGGCGGCCGUGUGUGCCCCAGUUCGCAGUUCGACUUUCUUCCGCCCCUGGCUAGCCUACUUUCUUUUUCUUGGCGGCGGCCUGUGCCUGCUGCUGCUGUCCGCGGGCGGGCUGCCCGCUCUGGUAGCGUGCAAGCGGCGGCACCGGCGGCUGCAGGCGCGAAGUGCCUUUAAAGGUGUCUACAGGGCGCUGCUGAGCCCCAGCUACCCAGUCUCCCAGGUGGGCAUCCCAGAACUACGCCACUUUGUGUACAAGUCCAAGAGCUCUGGCCUCUACACCAGCCCUGAGCUGUCGCUGCCCUACAGCAGUGUUGAGGAGCAGGAGCGUCUGAUGAGUUUAUACCAGCAGCUGCACAGCCGCCUGCACCACCCGACACGGCCGCUACGCACUACCUACCACACCACACACACCGAGAACCUCUACGCCUGGGUCACCAGUGGUUUUGAGCUCUACCUCUGCUUCAGUCCCCUGGGCACUAAGGCGGUCGCCGUGGCAGCCGUCAACAAGCUGCUGAAGUGGAUCCGCAAAGAGGAGGACCGCCUCUUCAUCCUCUCUCCACUCACCUACUGAGCAUGCUCCGUACAGCUCACCUACUGAGCAUGCUCCGUACAGCUCACCUACUGAGCGCGCUCUGUAUAGCUCACCUACUGAGCAUGCUCCGUACAGCUCACCUACUGAGCAUGCUCCGUACAGCUCACCUACUGAGCGCGCUCCGUACAGCUCACCUGUGGCUGCUGCUGCUUCUCAGAGGUCGUAGGUCAGAGGUCACGGACUCCCAGACGCCAUGCCUUAAUGUCACACUCCACAGCACCCCGAAAUACAGGGUGCGUGCAUGCGUGUGUGCGUGUGAGAGUGACUCCUCAUAGGAGCGGGCCAUCCAGAUUCUGUAACAGGGCUCUGAUUGGUUCUGGAGUUGUGGAUCUCAGGGCUCUGAUUGGUUCUGGAGUUGUGCUCUCUGGUUGGACAUGUGUUCUGCAGUGCUGUACUCCAACACUUCUGCAAUAACUGAGCUCUCGGUCCAGCUCCACUCCACUGUGUGAUUCUCAGGUUCCUUUAUCACCUCACCUGCUGGUGCACCUGUGGAGGGAGAUGCAAAGCUCUGGUCACAUGACUGGUCACUCCUGGUCACAUGACUGGUCACUCCUCACGUAGCCCAGGAGCUCAGAGGUUUAUCACCACAGGACAUAUAGUAACCCAUAGCAACCUUCAUCACCACAGGACAUAUAGUAACCCAUAGCAACCUUCACAGACAUGUGUGAACACAUUCACACAGAAAUCAUUUCUGAAGUGAACCUGUCAACUGGGGUGUGUGUGUGUGUGUGUGGUGGACCAGGCACACCUGUGCAGGUGUGUUAUUCCCGGGCUGGAUCUGAUGACCUGUGGGUCCAUCGCAGGUGGAGCUGUGGGGAGCAGUGGUGCGUAUGACACACCUGGACGAAGACACACCUGGAUAGCAUCGGCGCAGGACACACCUGGACAGCAUCGACACCAACCUCACUCCACUCUGUCAACACCACUAGCACGCCUCAGCAAGGGACCCCAGGUGGCCAUCACUCAAACAUCACUGAGAGACUGACCUUCUGAUAUUUCUUGAUCACUGAAAGAAAUAAAAAGCAACAUUCCAAAAAA